AUGACAAAAUACCAGGGCAUGACGUCCACUUGGAAUCCCGUUUUUACCGAGGUGGAGGAGUCAGAGCACUGUCAGAGCCCGUCCCCCGAUCCACCGGCCCCCGGCCCGCCCACCCACAGAUCCCGAUUGCGUGAUCUCACAGGAUCUCACCCUGUGGGGGCCAAGUGGACAGCCGCCUCUUCGGUGCAUUCUUUACAGUACGCGCCCCUCGUUUCGUGCCUGUCGCCCCGUGGGCUCCCGUGGUAUGUAGCUGUCACUUUGAAACCUGGCGACACAGCUGAGAGACUCCCGAAAGGAGGGCGUUUCGACCAGCCCGAUCCUGAGCGUGUUCCGACAUUCUCCCGCGCUCAGCGCCAGCUGGCACCGUCCCUCAGUGCAUACUGCCAAUACUUUUAUUUUAUGCAUCCGCGCGCGCUAAGCACCCGCGCACGAUCCGCCGCCAUCCGCCAGCGAUCCGCGCCGCCGCUGCCUGCCGCUGCGCGUACGCGACCCGAUCGAGCACAUUUCACGAGUAUUUCACGCCCCUUCCGGCGCUUGCAGCCCUCCACGGCGCGAUCCGACACGGCCUCGGUCCCCUCGCCCUCGCGUCCCCUCUCCCUCGCAGAGCGUCUCUCCCACCUUCUCAACGUCGCUCAACGUCGCUCGUCUCGCGCCGAGCCCAAGGCGCGCUCGAACCUGCGGCAGUGCUCACGUCGCGUCUGGACCCUGGCACCAGACCCUGGUCCACAGAGGCCCACCAGGAGAGGAUCAGUGAUCAUACCGGGAUCGGGAUCGGAUCGGGAUCGAAUGCGCGCAGCGACAGCCUCGACAGCCUGGGCCCACUCCAGCCCCCUCCAGCUCCUCUCCAACCCGCUUACUGCAGCUGACUGCAGCUUACUGCCUACUCCCGGAGGCUCCUGGCAGCUCCUGGCCUCCCCUCCGCGCCACACAGCGACUGUCUUCUGCGUAGAGUCAGCCUCGCCGCAGCACGCCGUAGCGACGCGCGAUUUGACUGAUGGCCUCUGA